CGAGGUUCCAGCAAGAUGUCGGACUUUGUGCGCGAUAUGCGCAACCACAAAAUCGUACCGGACGUGGUGCCGGUGCCACCGGACAGUCUCCUGCACGUCGUCUACCCGGGUGGAUUGCGGGUAAACCUCGGGAAUGUGCUGACACCGACGGAGGUAAAGCACGUGCCGGAGGUCAGCUGGCCCGAGGCGGAACCGAACGCUUACUACACCCUCAUCCUGACCGAUCCGGAUGCGCCGAGCCGGACGGCACCGAAGUUCCGCGAGUGGCACCACUGGCUCGUGGUGAACAUACCCGGGCUGGAUCUUACCAAGGGUGACACGCUGUCCGAUUACAUUGGAGCUGCGCCACCACGCAAGACGGGUCUUCACCGGUACGUGUUUCUACUCUAUCGGCAAAACGAGAAGAUCUACUUCAAGGAGUCGAGGCUCUCCAAUAGGAGCACCCAAGGCCGGGGCAAGUUUUCGACGCACAAAUUCUCGGAAAAGUACGAACUGGGUCUUCCGGUAGCCGGGAACUUCUUCCAGGCCCAGUUCGACGACUACGUCCCCAAACUCUAUCGUCAGCUGGGACACUUCCAGAAUGCAUUCUAG